CGAGGACCUACUUGCACCAAAGGAAAAGCACGUUGAGCGACACCCGUGUCUGCCUUCCUGGCUAGCGCAAUCGCACAUCUAUGAAUGCCUAUACAUUAGAGGCGUCGUUAAGCCCGGAACCACGGGAACCUGUCUCGCUCCUCAGGUGACCUGCGCUCAGCGCCGCGCAAAUCAACCCGCCAACUUUGGCGUUUUGCCAAAGCAAGAACCGAGAACCCGCCAUGGCCCCCGAAAAGCGCACUGAUACGUCGUGGGAUCACGAAUACAACACCCUUCGCCGCGAGAAUCUGUUUCGGAACCCCCCGACCGACCGCACCGCCUAUCCCGCCCUCCAGCUUGCCGUUGACCCCCACAUUGAGUCCUUCAACGCGCUCUUCCGAAACGACGGCAAGACCAGCCUCCUCGACCAUGCCCUCGCCGAAAUCGGGACAAAGACGUUUCUGGACGGGGAUGACAGGGCCGCGCCUGCGGGGAAGAAUAAGCUGACGAUCCGGUACAAGAGUGUCACCCUUCAGCGAUCUCAGGUUCCGCCAACCAACAAAUUCGCCAAGAGGCGUGAGAUCUUCCCGGCGGAGUGCAGGGAACGCCAUGUCACGUACCGGGGAAAGCUCACAGCCGUUUUCGAAUACCGCAUCAACGAUGGCGAGCCCAUGGAGUUCUCGCGGGAGCUGGGGCAGAUGCCGAUCAUGGUUAAGUCCAACAAAUGCCACCUUGAGAAUAAUCCACCAGCACUCCUUGUGCAGAGGAAGGAGGAGUCUGAGGAACUCGGCGGAUAUUUCAUCGUCAACGGCAUCGAGAAGAUUAUUCGCUUGCUGCUGGUCAACAAGAGGAACUUCCCGCUGGCUAUCACCCGUCCGAGUUUCACAAACCGAGGUCCCUCAUAUACGCCGUACGGUAUCAUAGUACGAUCCGUCCGGCCCGAUGAAACCUCCCAGACGAAUGUGCUCCACUACUUGAACGACGGCAAUGUCACGUUCAGGUUCUCGUGGAGGAAGAACGAGUAUCUCGUGCCCGUCAUGAUGAUUCUCAAGGCUCUUGUCGAGACAAAUGAUCGGGAGAUUUUCGAGGGUCUCGUUGGCCCGCCCAACUCGAAGGGCAUCGAGAACACCUUCCUGACCGACCGAGUCGAACUGCUCCUCCGCACCUACAAGACUUACGGCCUUUACACCAAGACACAGACCCGGGCCUACCUGGGCGAGAAGUUCAGGGUCGUGCUCGGUGUCCCCGACACCAUGUCGGACUACGAAGUCGGCACCGAGUUCCUCCGCAAGAUCGUGCUCGUUCACCUGGGCUGCGUCGACGUUACCGAGGAGCAGGAUCUCGACAAGUUCAAGAUGCUCCUGUUCAUGUGCCGGAAGCUUUAUGCACUCGUGGCUGGCGAUUGUGCCAUCGAUAACCCUGAUGCGGUGCAAAAUCAGGAAAUCCUACUUGGUGGCUUCCUGUACGGCAUGAUCUUGAAAGAGAAGUUGGACGAGUUCCUGUCCGUCUCUGUCAGAGGAGCCCUGCGCGAUUACCUGAGGAACCACGCGACGGUCUCGUUCACGAGUCCCACAUUCCAGAGGGACUUCCCGGUUGCUAUCUUCAGGAAGGCAAACGAGAACAUUGGUAACGCGCUAGAGUACUUCCUCUCGACGGGCAAUCUUCAGAGCCCCUCAGGUCUUGACCUGCAACAGACAUCGGGUUUCACGGUCGUGGCCGAGAAACUCAACUUCCUGCGUUUCAUCAGCCAUUUCCGCAUGGUCCACCGAGGUAGCUUCUUCGCACAGCUCAAGACGACGACGGUCAGAAGGCUGCUGCCCGAGUCCUGGGGCUUCCUGUGCCCCGUGCACACCCCUGAUGGUGCGCCGUGUGGGCUGCUGAAUCACUUGGCGCACAAGUGCAAAAUCAUGACGGACUCAUUGGACGUGUCGGCCGUCCCAGGCGUUGCCAUGGAGUUGGGAGUCAACGACUACUCCUCGGCGGCCACCAGCGAGAGCGUGGUCGUGAUGCUCGAUGGCAGGAUCAUCGGCUGGUGCACUCCUCGAGCAGCCAAGGGGGUCGCCGACAGCCUGCGGCGCUGGAAGGUGGAGGGCGGCCAUGGCAUCCCCGUACAGCUGGAGAUCGGCUACGUGCCUCCGUCCAGGGGCGGGUCCUAUCCCGGUAUCUACAUGUCCUCACGGCCGGCCAGGAUGGUCCGGCCCGUCAAGUAUCUGGCCCUGGGCAAGGAGGACUUUGUCGGCCCCCACGAGCAGCCGUACAUGUCGAUCGCGUGCACGGAGGCCGAGGUCAUCCCCGGCGACUCGACACAUGUCGAGUUCGACCCAACCAACAUCCUCUCCAUCCUCGCGAACAUGACACCCUUCUCCGACUUCAACCAAUCCCCGCGCAACAUGUACCAGUGUCAGAUGGGUAAGCAAACAAUGGGCACGCCGGGCACGGCGCUCCGGUACCGCACAGACAACAAGACCUACCGGCUGCAGACGGGCCAGACGCCCAUCGUGCGCUCGCCGUUGCACAAUACGUACGGGUUCGACAACUUCCCCAACGGCACAAACGCCGUGGUUGCCGUCAUCUCGUACACGGGCUAUGACAUGGAUGACGCCAUGAUCAUCAACAAGUCGGCACACGAGCGCGGCUUUGGCCACGGGACGAUCUACAAGACCAAGAAAAUCAGCCUCAAGGACGACGACACCAGGGCGCGCUCGUCCAAGGCGAUAGUCAAGAUGUUUGGCUUCGCCCCCGGCAGCGCGGUCCGGGCGUCAGACCGGGAGAUGCUGGACGAGGAUGGGCUGCCGUACGUGGGGCGUCUGGUGAGGCAGGGAGACAUCCUCUACGCGUGGCACACGGUCUCGGCCGACUAUAGCGGGCAGCUGAUCAACCGCGAUGGCAUCACGCACUGGGAGAGGUACAAGGACAGCGAGGAUGCCUUCGUCGAGGAGGUGCGCGUGAUCGGCAGCGACACGGGUAACGAACCCCUGCAGACGGUCUCGAUCAAGCUCCGCGUGCCGCGGUCUCCCGUCAUCGGCGACAAGUUCUCGUCCCGCCACGGGCAGAAGGGAGUCUGCUCGCAGAAGUGGCCGGCCAUCGACAUGCCUUUCUCCGAGUCGGGCAUCCAGCCUGAUGUCAUCAUCAACCCGCACGCGUUCCCCUCGCGCAUGACGAUCGGCAUGUUCGUCGAGUCCCUGGCGGGCAAGGCCGGCGCCUUGCACGGCCUGGCGCAGGACUCGACGCCGUUCAAGUUUGAUGAGGAGAACACGGCGGCCGACUACUUCGGGCACCAGCUGAUGAAGGCGGGCUUCAACUACCACGGCAACGAGCCCAUGUACUCGGGCAUCACGGGCGAGGAGUUCGCGUGCGACAUCUACAUCGGCGUCGUCUACUACCAGCGACUGAGACACAUGGUCAACGACAAGUACCAGGUGCGCACCACCGGCCCCGUGGUGCCGACGACGGGCCAGCCGAUCAAGGGCCGCAAGAAGGGUGGCGGUAUCCGCGUGGGAGAAAUGGAGCGCGAUGCUCUGCUGGCGCACGGCACGGCCUUCCUGCUCCAAGACAGGCUGCUCAACUGCUCCGACUACUCCAAGUCGUGGAUAUGCCGAAGCUGCGGUUCGUUCUUGGCCGUGCAGCCGACGGUAUCCCCGUUCAUCGGCAAGCGGAAGCAGGUCGGCACCGUCCGUUGCCGGAACUGCGCAAAGCGCCUGGAUCAGGUGGAGGACCUGGAUCUCAUGAAGUUGGAUGGCGAGAUCUGGGAGGACGGGCAGGGCGUGCAGUGGAUCGGGGGCGAGAACACCACCAUGGUGGUCGUGCCGGGGGCGUUGAAAUUCCUCGACGCCGAGCUCGCGGCGAUGGGUGUCAAGCUGAAGUACCGGGUGGAUACCAAGGACGUGGUUCGGAGGGGGCCGCUGAUGGCCACGGCACCGAAAGCGCUAACGAACGGAAUAGCGGCGGCGUGAGGGAGGGAGUGAGUG